AUGGCGGACCUUAUGGCUUGGAAAAUGAAGCCUAAGAGUGCGGCGAGCGACAAGGCGGCGUCACUGUCUGCUGCCUCCCUAUCUGGCAAGAGCAAAGCCGCGUCCCCAACUGCGGAAGAUGAGGAUUCCACAAGCGAGGAAACGAGUGAGAAAUCCAGCGAUGACGAGUCAAGUUCCGCGUCCGACCUCAGCGGCAGCGAAGAGGCCGCAUUCGGCGCCCAUCUGGCCCUACUCCAGCGGCGUCCCGAGAUCGAUGAACUCAACGAAAUCAAAACGACGCCCAUCUUCACGGAAGCCGUCCGCAAGUAUGCCCUCACGCUUGCUGGCGCUGAGAUGGAGCAACCUUUCAGCCAGUAUGGUCUAUUGGCUGGCGACCUGACCGGCAGCACUGAUGGCGGCGCCACUGACCCGCGGGUCUUCUGGAACAUCGCUGCCCCCUCCAGCUACUUCAUUUGCGGUAGCCAAGGGUCCGGCAAGAGCCACACCUUGUCAUGUUUGUUGGAGAACGCCCUCGCCCCAUGCAAGGCGAAUGUUCUGCCCCGGCCCUUGACGGGCAUCGUAUUUCACUACGACACGUUCAUCUCGGACUCAGGCGGUUCUCCUUGCGAGGUGGCCUGGCUGUCCUCCAACAAAAACAUCAAGGUCCGGGUCUUGUGUCCGCCAACGAACAUCCGUACCAUGCAGCGCCUUUACAACAAGUUUCCCAACAUCAAGGUUGAGGAGUUGCGGCUCAACCAGUCCGAUCUCAACACGAAGCGAAUGCUAGACCUAAUGGCCGUCACCACAGGUGGGAAUUUGCCCUUGUACCUACACGUCGCCCAGCGCAUUCUCCGUGACCUGCGUGUGGAACAACAAAAGAGCGAUACCGGGUUCAACUACACGGCGUUCAAGCAAAAGCUCGCUCUGGAGAAUCUCACAGAGAUGCAACUGUCACCGCUGAAGCAACGCCUCGAAACUCUUGAGUCUUUCAUGGUCGAGGACCAGGCUAAAGCCUUCGACAUGUUUCAGGGGCCGCGAACACCCCGAUCACGCCGAGUCACCAUAGCGCCGGGUACCUCCUGGAAACCUCACAACGGUCACCUCACCAUUGUCGACCUGUCGUGCCCCUGCGUCACCCCCGAGAUGGCGUGCUCGCUCUUUAACAUCUGCUUGUCACUGUUCCUGGAACAGGACCCGGCCGCCGUCGGUCGCGUCGUCGCCCUCGACGAGGCGCACAAGUACAUGACCGAGUCGCAGGAAUGCGCCGCGCUGACCGAGGCGCUACUGGCGACUAUCCGCCUACAACGGCACAUCGGCGCACGGGUAAUAAUCUCCACGCAAGAACCCACCAUCAGCCCCAAGCUACUGGAUCUGUGCAGCGUCACGGUCGUCCAUAGGUUCACGUCGCCGGACUGGCUGAGUGCGCUGAAGAAGCAUCUCGUGGGGAUGUCGUCUGGUGGUAAGCUGCUCGAGAAGGCUAGGAGGUUGAACUCGAGUGGUGAGGACGAGGAGGAAGGGAUUGACGGCGCCGCGGUGCUGACUCUGGGUGAUGCGGACCCGGCGCUGGAGUUGCUCUCGAGGAUUGUGGACUUGAGGGUCGGCGAGGCGCUUAUGUUUGCGCCGAGUGCCAUUAUCGGAGUCAAGAAGAAGAAGGACGGCGAGGCGAGCGGGCUGGGGGAAGUUAGACGGCUGGCUCAUGGCGUGCUGAAGGUGCGCAUCCGCAACCGGACGACUGCCGACGGCGGCAGGAGUAUCAUGGCUGCUUGA